AUGAAGAGCGUCGCUCUAGUUCUCGCUGCAUUGCUUUGUGCCUCCCAGCUCGCAUUCUCUGCUAGAGUUGUCCCAGAGAAGGAGGAGAAUGAAUCGCUAGACCCACAGGGGUAUGGUGGUGGUCACGGUGGCUACGGCGGUGGUGGUGGCUAUGGUGGUCGCGGUGGCUACGGCGGUGGGCAUGGUCACUCGGCGGAGCUGGAAGGAUACCGUGGUGGCUACGGUGGCGGUCAUGGUGGUGGCUACGGCGGUGGUCGUGGUGGUGGCUACGGCGGUGGUCGUGGUCACGCAGACGCAGUUGAGCCGGAAGGAUAUGGAUAUGGACACGGUGGUUAUGGCGGUGGCUAUGGCAACGGUGGUUAUGGCGGUGGCUAUGGCAACGGUGGCUAUGGCGGAGGCUACCAUGGUGGGUAUGGUCAUGGUGGAUAUGGCGGUGGUCACGGAUACGCUGACUCGGUUGAGCCGGAGGGAUAUGGAUACGGUGGUAAAGGUGGAUAUGGCGGUGGGUAUGGUGGCGGUCACGGCCAUAGCGCUACCACUGAGUCGAUUGAGACUCAAGGUCACGGUCGUGGUGGCGGUGGCGGUCACGGUGGCCACGCUGCUACUGAAGCUAAGGUCGAUGAAAAGCAUGCUUAAAUCGAGCUUCUAUUGAAAAAAACAUAUAAUCUUUAAAGUUAAUAUAUGGCCGUUGACAACUAUAAAUUAGCUAAUUAAAUUUUCUUUUGUG